AUGUUCUCCAGCGGGAGCGAGGGGUCCCCUCGCAACGGCAGGGACUACGGGCGAGGCACGAGCUCGGUCACGUCCACGAUGGACGACGCCUUCGAGAGCACGGGGACCGUCGUUAGGGCAGAUGGCCCCCUGAUGUCGCCCGUGUUGCGCACGCUGGCCUCUGCCGGCUCCGGCCUUGCGGAGGGGAUGAUGAUGCCCGUCGAGGAAGUGCCCAUCCUACCCGACCCUGCUGGUGACACGAAGGGGUUAGUGGUGGCGGCCUUGCGCGCAGCAGGAAGGGGGCAGCAGUUCGUGCCGCUCGAGCCCCCUGACAUGGAGGCUCCGCGAAGCACAGCAGCAAGGGCUCACCAUGGCCGCGGGAGGCUGAAGCAACAGCAGCAGCAGCAGCAGCAGCAGCGCGAGAGUGACAUGAGUGAAACAUCAGAAAAUGCUGAGGGUGGGGCGCACUUGACGGGCGGUCUGCCGCUACCUGUCGACUCCGUUGGCCCCGGGGUUCCGGACGGCGGGGUGGAUGGGAGGAGAGGAUUCCCACAACGGAAGAAGAAGACCAGCAACAUCGGCGGCGGCGGCGGCGGCGGCGGCGGCAGCAGCGGCAGCGGCAGCGGUAGCAGCAGCAGUAGCCCGUCCCGUGUGCGUCGAAGAGGCAGACCGCUGUCAGAAGAACCAGAAAACGACGACGCCUCGGCGACCGUCAAGGGGAACAAGCGGAGACACGCGCCGCCGACCCCCAACCACCGCGUCUUGUCCGGGGCCUGGGGUAAGCUUGCAGCUCCGGAAAGGCCGGCGGCAGCAGCGGCGAAUGAAGAACAGGGAGGGAAGGAGGAGCAGGGCAAGGACGAUUGCGCCGCCAGCUGCGGCUCGCGGUCUUCGAGCGAGUUCACCUCUGAAUCCAACGAGGCCGGCAGCAGCAGUGAUUCGCCCUCGGCAGCAGCAGCAGCAGCAGCAGCAGCAGCAGCAGCAGUGGUAGUGCCACCGCCGCCGUCGCCGCCACUGCCACCACCACCAGCAGCUGCGCCCUCAGUUCCGAACGAAUUUGCCGGCGAUGCCGAUGACAACGUCGAUAUCCCAGCCGCAAGCGACCUGCUGAGCGAGUUCGAUAGCAACACCACCUGGGCCGGCGCCAGCGCGCUGAGCGUGGCGACGACGCGCACGGCCGGGUACAGCUCCCUCAUUGAGACGAGCUCCGCGCUGUCCCAGUACCCAAGCAGCUACCGCUCGACGACCGCGGCUAAGCUGGACAACGCCGGGGUCUGGUGCGAGGAGUCGCAGGGCAAGAACGGCGACCUCAACGGCGUGUCGGUAACCACCACCGCUAACCGCCGGAGUCGGGGGCGGGCGAGCCCUUCUCACAACCUGCGGGUCAUCGGCGGGACGCCGGCGCGCAGAGGGGUUCGGAAAGCGAAGCCAGACAACAACAACAACGGCGGCGGCGGCGGUAGCAGAGGCACUGGUGGAGGUGGCACAAGAGUCAACGGCAAGAUGUCGGGUUCAGGCGGGGACAGCGGCAGCAACUCCGGCAGGCCACGGACGCUGGUGAGGCCCACGUCGACGCCGCGGAGAGCGGCCAUGUCUCCUCACGGUGUGGCGAUGGACGCCGCUUUAAGGAUGGUGGAGGAGCGCGGGGCGAGGCUGGGGAUCGUGAGGGAGGAGAAGGAGGGCGACGGUGCUGCUGCUGCUGCCACCGCUGCUGCUGCCGCGGCCGCCGCCAACCGCAGCGAGAAGGCACGCGAAGCGGCGUACGCGAACCAGAUAGCGGCUCCGGCGAUGACGUCUCUUGAGCAACGGCGACAGCGCGCUAAGGCCUGGGCACUGUCGAGCAUCAGUCUGGAGGACACGCCAGGCGCGCGCCUGAAGGCUUUUAUUUACCAGUUCGACUUCUUGCAAUCAACCAUGCUGCAUAUUUGA